UCUCGGAGAAUGAAGGAAAAUGGCGACUUGAACUCUUAGAAGUUAUAAAUGCUGCUUUUAGUGUAACGUUUUAUUUAUAGUCCGUUUAUUACCUCAUGGACGUUAAAGCCAAGUUCUUCUGUUCGUUAUACAUGUAGAUAUUUAGAUACUUUGUAGGGAGUUAUAUUUGUUUGAGUUUGUUAGCCGCUGUGCUAACGCUAAGCUAACGCUAACACUAGCGCUAACAAUAACAACGUUACAUGUUCAUGGGGAAAGUCACGUAAAUAAUCAGUGUAAACAAACUCAGACAUGCGGUCUUUACUCGUGUGUAUUGUCGAGCCAGACUGAGACCGUAAUACUGAUUAAUUUGAGGUUGUUUGAACGCAUUUGUUUCCUAUGAAUGAUGGCUGUUCAUAAUGUUGUGUUUGCUGUGGAUGCGGACUAUCAGCCUGAGGAGCUUCGCUUCCCAAGAGACUGGUGUCUGAGUUACUUAAAGCAGUGGAUGUUAAAAGUGUUGCUUUCCUUGGGCAGUAAGUACGGCUUCGAUAACGUUCGAUGGGGUUACAAGUUUUUCCAUUCAAGAACUUUCAAAAGUGCAAGUCUUAUAACAAGAAGCACAGAUUUUAAAGAACUCCAGGAGAAAACAUUCAGCGAUUUUGAGGUGGAAUUUGUCCAUAAAGUUGGAGUUAAUCAAAUAUCUUGUGAGGAGCAUCACAGAGAUCACAGAGCAAGCCCAGCGAUCUGUGUGCAAAACACACUAAAGGAGAUCCUUUUGGACUUCCAGUGGGACAGACCAGACAUAACCUCUCCCACUAAACUGUCACUGCGCCCCAGGAGGUCAACCAGGAACACAACAAAUAAUCCCAUGGCAGAUGAUGAUAUUUCAUGUCAUGGAAAAAAUGUGGUGUUUUUGGUCUCAGAGUGUCCGUAUUCCAGAAACGACAUGGUGGAGUUUUUACAGCUGCCCAACAGUAACAUUGGAAGUCAGUGGGAUUUACAUGAGCUUAUUCUACCAAAGGGUCUAAUAGACAUGCUAAAUUAUCGGAAAGUUGUCCUGCACUGGGCUGAUUGCAGUUCUCGUGAGGUUAAUCAUGAAGCUGAUGACUACACUAGCUUGAAGACUGUCAUGGAUGCACUGCAGCCGGUAGCUGGAAAAGUGAUUCCUUUGUUCAUGUCUGGUAUGAAGCUGAAACAUAAAGAUCCUAACCCAUGCACUAGGGACAACAAGGGAGUGCUUUCCUUUCCAACUGGCUCAAGUACAGGAUACAUCUUGUCCUCUGAAAAGACCUACAAGAGAACAUUUCCAAGUUUCGUAGGAACGCUUUGCUGGGGUGCAGAGAAGAACAAACAGACCUGCAGUGUUUCAUUGGAGCCUGUUGCCUGCAGACAGAGGUGUCUAAAUGCACCUGUUCAGGUGACUCUCAGAAGUGUCCUGCGAGGCCUGGACACCUGCCGUCUCAAGCAGACGGCUUCAGAGUGCUGGAUCCUGAUUUGCCAACAAAAAACAGAUCAAAAUCAAGUCACUUUUCAAAGUCUCUUCAAGGAUCUUUUUACGAUAGAUUCUGACAUGCUAGCAGAGGUCAGUGAAGGAGGUCAGGUCCACUCUGCAGUACUGUCAGUAUUGUCAUACAAUAUGGCUCUUCUGACAGUUCUCCACAGUGAGGAACCUCUGUGUACAUGCCUUCCCUCAGAAACUGCAGACCUUCCUGACACCUCAGAUCUACAUGAUAUUGUCAGUAGUGUUUUCAAAGACCUCAUGAAAGAUAAUGAUACCUCGGAACAACCAAGUCCACAUCAGAUUCCUGAAUGGGCAACUCAGGAGCUUCAGCAGGGGACUAAUCUAACAACAGAGCUUACAGAGGGCUGGUUUCCUCUAUCUGACCAAUCUGGGAUUAGUUGCCAUUUGAUGGAGUCUAUGAGGCUUCUGCAUGCUGCUCCUGAGGAGCAGGAACAUACAGAAGAUGACACUCAUGAGCAAGAGCUGACAAACAGCCUAGCAGAGCUCUAUAAAAACAAUAAAGAUGGACACAGUGGUGUCUCGAAAGGCAAAAAACGAGGUACUCAACGUACACCAGUUCGACAGAAGAUGAAGACCAUGAGUCGCUCUUUGCAGAUGUUGAAUGUUGCUCGCUUUAAUGUGAAAGCACAAAAGAAUCAAACAGAAACAGAAUCUUCCGUCACCACCAAAGGCACAGAGAAGCGAGGCAAGAGAUGCUCCAGUGAAAGGACCAGACCUGGUCCUAUGUCUUUUAAAAAUAAAGAUGAGCUUCUUUCCCAUUUGACCCUGGGAUAUCAGCAGGCUGUGGAGGAUAAGAGUGUUGGUCUCAUCACGUAUGUGCAGGAUCUGCUCUCAGUGCUGGAAACCUUCAUUAAAAUUCAUUUUGAUACAGAGGAUUCAUUCUUAAAUAUAAUCAAGAAGAACCUCUUAAAAAGUGUGCAGUCCAUUCGUCAUAUCUAUGGAAGUACUGCUGAUUCUGAGAGUAAAAUCAGAGAUUGUCAGCUACAAGUAGUUCUCCGACUCGAGCUGUGCAAACUGCUGACUUCAGAGGAUCAAGAUCAUGUGGAACAGAUGGUGGAGGAGGUUGCUGGAAUGCUGCGAGUGAUCUCUUUGACAAAGGAUCCCGUUUACCUGUCCAAGUUCAUGCAAGAGGAGGUUUUGCCAUUGUACCUGACUGGCAUACCUAAGGUCCUGGCAGACAUCUACCACAGUCUCGGUACCCAGCUUCCUGAGGUGCUUGUUGCAGUCCUGCCUGCUGAUUUUUUUAGUGAUGACUCGGUGGCGAAGGAGAGCGUUUGUGUAAGUCCCUCACCACUGUCGGCCACCCAGAGUCUGGUCUCCAGUGUUGGAGAUCGGCUUGAAGAGUUACGCAAUCGUUCUGCUAAAAAGAGAAGAACCAGCAUGCUUACACGUCAUAAGAGCACGACGGAGGCCCCGCUGAAUCUUCGGCAAAUAGAGAUGCCCAGGAAAUCCACGAGACAAGCAAAGACAAAGGAAUGCGUUCCUCCAGAAAAACCUAAUGUAGGAGGCCCAUCGACUCAAAAACAAACAGUUCAAGAAGUGACAAAAGUGAGGAGAAACCUCUUUAACCAGGAAGCAAUGUCCUCGAAAAAAGCAAAAAUGCCUCGGAGCCAGUCUGUAUCAGCAGUAGAUGUCAUGAAGAAACGGAAACGGUCGCAGGUGGAAGACGGACGACACACUUUACUAACAAAAAAAGUCUCAGAGACGCCGCUGCAUAAGCAAGUGUCAAAUCGUCUAUUAUACAGACAGCGGAAUAGCAGGAGUUCAGGUGACACUGAUUUGGUUGUUGUUGAGGAGUCUCCAGUUAAACCAGUGACCGAUUUGAGGAGGAGUCCUAGAAUAAAGAAACUGGCAAGGAGACAUUCCAGUAUCUUCUAUUCAAGCUCACAACCACGCUCUAGAAAUUUGGAUAGAGCUUUAUCGUCUUCACAGCUCCCAGUCUCUGAAAGUAAAGGUGACAUUAAUAUUAAGGGUGUUAAGUCACCAAUGAGACUCCUGUUUGGUGCUGCCGAGUCUCCCGCUCGCACGUCCACAUCCAGAUCAACCCGUAAAGACGCCGAAGUUGCUCGGCUUGGGUCUACUGAUUCUGUGUUUGAGAACUGCAAUAAAACUCCAAGAAAAUCUCCGUACAAACAGCCCGGUCCUGCAACUGAGAGGAGAACUCCCAGGAAACUCGGUUCUUCUUCUAAAACUGAAAUGUGUUUCUUUCCUAAGAGCCCAGGCUGUGGAGAGAACUGUAUGGUCCUCAGAGGAAGUCCAUUUAGAUCUCCUGCUUCAAAAAGUUUAGUGCUGGAAUCACCAAAGAAAAGCCCACUGAAGAGCAUUCUUAAAACCCCUGUGAAAAGCUUUAUGGAAUGUGGGUCCCCUUCUGGCCCCUCUGUUAGGAGCCCCAACAUGAGAACCCCAAGGAAAAGUGUGACUUGGUCUCCAUCUCCAUGGAAAGGAUUGCCAGAACAACCAUUUAAAGUCCCAGAUUCUCCCGUUUUCUCCAUUAGAUAUUCCCCAAGAUUGAUCACACCAAACAAACGUUGCAGAGAUCAGGGUGACGUUUUCAAAACUCCUGAGAAAUCAAGUCAACAAAAAGGCAACGUUUCCCCUAAAACACCACAAAGAGGGUCUGGAUUUACUCCAAAUGUUGUCGUUGAAGAACCCCAGCUGAGCCGGAGGUCAGAGAAAUUUAGCAGGACGUUAAGUUUGCCAGAGAAAGCUGACCCCCGUAGUCCAAACAUUCUUCUGUAUGAUCAUCCAUCACCACCAACACCAGGAAUAAAAACACCCAGUAAAAGCCCUGGACCCACACACACAAUGUGUACCCGUUCUGGAAGAACACCUCUUAAAUGUUCCUCUACUCUGUCACCUGACAAAGAGACCGAUAUAUCUUCAUUUAAUAGAGAGAGAUCACUGGAACCUACAUCACCAUCACCUGGCAGUCAUACACCUGUUGUAACGAAUCAUAGAGCGACUUUGUCACAUGAUACCAAGCCUGAUCAGGCACUACAUUGUGAGUCAUGGACAACAAAGCUUACUGAUGGACAGAAUGAAAGCAUUCGUGCGCUAGAGGAGGCAUCGUCCUCAGACACCCAACAGUUCGACUCCUCACAGUUCAGUGCCACUUCUACAGAAGAGAGCAUCGAUAUCGCAGAAGCCGCUGUAGUGAAGACCGAGUUAACUGGUGGCAUUAAAAUGAACAUUUCUUUUUCACGAAAACCAUCUAAAUUCUCAGAGGUUUUUGGGUUCACAGGCUCUCCAGCCGUUCCUGCCAAAAGUACAAACGGAUGUAGUAGAUACGGUUUCCGUCAGACUCCAGAUCGACAACAAAGAAAGGCAGCAGCACGACUUGGUUAUUCUCCUGGGCUUCAGAUGUUCUCUAGUCCACAAGCCUCAGGAACACCAGUGCAUAGAAAGCAGCAGCCAGUUGAACCAAACCCUCUUACUUAUCAAGUGGAAUUGGAAAUGCAGGCAUCAGGUUUACCGAAGCUUAAGUUUAAACGUACCGAUUCUUUCAAUUCAGUUGAAUCAUCUGGUAAUGCAGCCAAAGGGCAAGUUCCACAUGUAAAUAAUAAGCCAUCAAGAGUCAAUAGCCCACUUACACAUUGUUCCAAGCAUCGAGAACCUAGUUGUAUAUCACCAUCUCAUUGUACACCUGGAAAAGGAGGUGUGCAGAAAUAUAUAUGCCAGUCAAUCACUCCUACAAGGCUGCUAACUAAUAGCCCUUCUCCCCUGGGCCACGGGGAACAUGUGCCCUGGACCCCAUCUCCCCAGAGCCGGGGAAGGGCAACCCCAGAGAACUUCAGUACAUGGCCUCGUAAGAAAAGGGCCAGGAUAGGGCUCUCGGGGACCAAGGAGAUCAAGGAAGGGACAGAGAUUUUGGAAGACCCAGAGCUUGACGGUGUGUUUAGACUCCCAGGGACAGAAGAGCCUAAAGAGUUAAGGGAUGCGUCUGCUUUUAAAUACACAUUAGCUAUUCCAUCUAGGCUCUGCUCUUCAGAGGAGAUGGACUGGGCAGGAUCUGUGGUGCGUAACUGUGACAAAACGGACACAACGACAUGUGAUGAGUUUUCAUGGAUAAGUGGAAGCGGAUCAUGUAGCUCAGCUGUUACUCCUCCACACCCUAAAGUGAAGAAAGCCGUUUCAGCCAGUGGAAUCCUCGCUCUCACACAGUCACCCCUUUUAUACAAAGGGAAAAGGAGCUCUGUUACCAAGGAAACCACACAACGUGAUGGAUCAAGUGGAAACUCUGAGCAGUUUGACAGUAUGGGCAUGAACACAUUUAAUGUCUCACCUGUUAGCCAACCGAGGAGACGGCAGGCUUGUGGCAGGACUUACAGCCGGAAGAGACUGCUGGACCCAUAAGGUUUAACCUUAAAACAUAGUGAUGUCGCUGUCUUUUAUUUAUAUAUUUCAUCAUUGUCUUGUCUUGAUUGUUUUUAUUUUUUAUGUGGAUGUUAAGAUUUUAUGCACUAUUGUAUAUAUUUUUAAUUCUGUAAAAAAUCCCAAAACGGUCAGAUAUUUUGUAUCUAUUUGUACUUUGUGGUCCAAUUUUGUUUUCUUCAGUUAGUAGAUUGUUGAAUAUUUUCUGCAAUUAAAUGUUCUUCUCUUACAACUACUUUUAAUCGCAUCUUCGGUGAUGACGUUGAAAGCAAAACAAAAAUAUUAACUGUCGGCAGACGCUGAUGAAGAAUGUGGCAUGUUUCGGUUCAGUCGUGGUGCUAAGGUCGUGUGCUAUAGUCGUAAUGUACACAGCAGAAAAAAAAACAUUUCUAUUGCUCAUUUUGUCUGCGUCUGUCUAAGGAUCACCGUCACACCCGGUACUCGUUGUCCUGUCCUCAACUGUGAAAUAGAUGUAAAUGUCAAACAAAUUAUUUUAAUAAAGAUUAUGUUCUUAA